AUGAAUUUCUCGGAUUCAAUCUUAGGACACCCUUCCUCCAGCAAAGCAACGUUGGAUGAGGCAAAAGAGCCAGAGGAGGGUUUUAAGGAAUUAGAGGACACCAGUGAUGAGGAGGUUUACGACAAACAUUCUACUCCAGGAAGGACACAAAUGACGCCCUUUUGUGCAACAAUUCUCUUUAUCUACGGGCUCUACAUCUUCUUCGUUGCGGCCUUCAUAGUCGCGUCAGCCAUGUUCAUUAAAACGGAGGACACCCGACCGGGUGCAAUGCUCAUAAAUGACACAAACAGCUAA